ACUCUUAUAUCGUGAAUCCCUGCUACAAAUAGUAUACUAGCUUGGGAAACCCAGGCAAGCUAAGCGCACAUGCAGCGAGAGGCGCCAUCAUUUUUUGAGCCGCUACCCAGCCGCUAGGAGGUUAAUUUAGCAGUUGUGAACCAGAGGGCCACGCCCUUGAUACCAGAACAGGCAUGGAAAACAGCCUGCAUAAAGUUCCAGAGAGCAGAACUUUUCCACACAAAAAAACUCCGGCGGCCGGAUAACGAAGAAACGAAUUGCGAGCUUUAUACGAGAGUAGCAUAUAUUUCAGUGAGCUAUCGAUUUACUGGGAUGAGAUUCGUCAUGGAUAUUAACGGGUUAUUGAAAUAACCGAUGAACAGUAUACCUGGAUGAAGAUUAGCACAAGAUAGCUGACAACCAGCCGCUAUCCAGGUUGUCAAGAUAGGCGUCGAUAGUUUUUUCUUCGACCCACAAGGUGUAUUGCGAUAAUGGAGAUCCUUCUUGGAAGGGUCAUUCUUCGAUUCUUCAACCGACACUGAGGUAUGGAUUCUUCCAAAGGCCAAGAUAAUCACAUUUCCAACUGGAAGUGGGGUUACGCCAUCUUACUCUCCAAGUUCGUUAUUAAUAUGUGGAGUGGAAUCCCAAAGUCAUUUGGUGUACUGCUUCAUCUGAUGGUCGCGAGGUUCCACGGAAAUUACGCCUCUUUGGCAUUCAUCUGCAGUAUUCCCAUGACAGUGUCAUUCUUUUCAGGUCCUUUUGUUGCCUUGAUCCUUCAAAAGGUUGAUCAUCGGGCUGCUGCUAUGUCAGGAGGAAUAAUAUGCGCGGCAUCUCUGAUAGCAUGUGGUUUCAUCUCCAACAUCACCGUGUUCGGUAUACUUCUCACUCUUACAGGAUUCAGGGGAUUUGUCUACAUUCCCUUAACCCUACUCUUGAAAGAGUACUUUAAAGACAAGUUUGCCUUGAUCAACACCGUGGCAUCCUUUGGCGCGACGAUAGGCAUUACAUUCCUACCUGUCGUAGCUGAGAGAUCUCUGGAAGCUUAUGGUUACCAUGCCGUGUUUAUGAUGCUUGGAGGGAUCAUGCUUCAUUUGGUUGCAGCGGCAGCCGCUAUCCGGAAACCGAUCAUCAAGGUCAAAGACCACACCACUGGACAAGGUGGUCAUGACCUUGAUAUACCAGAGGCAGGCCAUUUGCAUCAGAUCGGUCGUGUUCUGUCGACGCGGGAAGGACACGAAGCUAAAUCAAAGGAAAAAAAUAGGGUUAAAAAGACAGGGGCGGUGGAUGGCUCAAGUAAGGGUACAGCCCAAACCAUGACAGGACAGCUACGUUCUGAUAAGAAACGAACCUCAAGCAUUAUUGAGAAGAAUGUUAAGAUCCAAAACGACCUCAAUAAACAUGGUAAAGGAGGAAGACGUGGCGAGGACGUGUCUGCAUACAGCGAUGACUCUGAUGAAGACAUGGAGCAGAAUGUUCCUUUGAUAAACAGAAGAAUCGAUUCCGAUGAUCAGAAUCUUUCGAAACCCGUUGAAGAUAAUGGCGUCAAGAAGUCUCUUUGGUCUGGCUGCAAGCAUUUCAUCACCCAGGAAAUCGUCUUCUUGGGAUGUCUCCCAGUGAUUUAUUUCCACGAUUACUCAAUGCAGGUCUGGGUGCUGUUUCUGGUGCCACACGCCGAGGAUCUAGGAAUCGAUCAAUCAACCGCCGUCUUUUUGUCUUCAUUUGGCGGUCUGGGUGGAAUUAUCGGCAGGACCAUCGCAGUCAUCCUCCUCGCGAAGAAAGUCCACAUGUUCAAAAUCUACAUCAUAGUCGGUUUCGUAAACAGCUUGACAUUUUUCUUGGAUUUCGUCGGUCGGUCGUUCCUCGUUCGGUCAGUCUGGGCCUUCGCACAGGGCUUCUGCUUUUUUUUACUCGACACGGCAGGCUCGACGUUUCUCCAAGAGCUAGUAAAAGAUGAACGUAACUUUAGUUUCGCUCUUGGGCUGAUUAUGUUCAUGCGUGGGUGCAGCAGUACAUCCGCAGGAUUUUUGACAGGAACCUUGAUUGAUUCCCUGCAGUCAUUCACCAAAGUCUUCAUGAUAACAGGAGUUUGGAUGGCCAUCUCUACCAUCAACAUUGCAGUCUUAUUGCUUAUCUUAAUCAGAAGAGAGAAUCCAAAAUCUAUGGUUAAACAUGAGACUUGAAUCAUAAGGAGAUUCGGGCAAACAUGAACUACUUCAGGUGACAUUUUGUUCUGUUUUGUGAAAUUAAGCGAAAAUAUCAUGACUUUCUUAUUUUACAUCCGAUUUUGAUGAAAUUUUCAGUGUUAUAUUUGUUGGAUUUUUCUCUUUUUAUUCAAAUCAACUUUUUGUUGGGGUGGACUUGACCUUUAAUCAGCUAAACUAUUUAAUCCACCUCCAUAAUUUGACAACCUAUGCUUUCAUCCGUUCGGGUGCUUUUGAAGACCUUCUGACGAUGACGAUAUAUUCUGAAUCGCUGGAUAUUUCUCUCAUAUCAUACACGUUGCUUAACAGUCUUAGACUUGUAAGUUGUGGCCAGUAUAUAGAAAGUUAUUAUCAUAUUGAUAGUAUAGGACAUUUUUAAUCUAAAAUUAUUUUCUUAGUGACGCAUUUCAUGUGAUGAUAUAUUAUCAUUUGUGAAUAUUAGAAAUGUAUUACCAUGUACAUUGUGAAGCAUGUUCACCCAAAAUAUUAUUUUAUUCAAAGAAUCCCCUCAAUCUUUAAAAGGGAACUUUACUUCAGCAUGUGCCCUUCUUUUAUUCUAUUUUUUCCUUUUAUUUUCUCAUUAGAAGACCCAUAAAUGAAUGAUAAAAGUGUCUAAACGCAUUCCCACGAACAAUAUAAAUCAUAAACCAUUAUACAUAGAUCAUUACUACGUCCAUCCUAACUUUAUUACUGGUGGUCCAAAAACACAUAGAUUCUGAUUGACAAGCCUUUCCUCAUGCAGGUGCUCAUAAAGGGGCGGCAGGGGGCGCAGCCCCAUUUAGCUUUUUUCAAAGGAAUAGAGAUAAGAACAAAAAUGAAAGAGGAGAGAAGGGGGAAGCGAUAAGGGGAGAAAGAAGCAAGAAAGAUAUUUUUAAAAUGAAAGUUUUAGGUCGCCUUCUUCUAUAUUACUCCUGUCACUUCUUAAAAAAUGUCUAAUAAUGAACCUUUAGAUUUUUACGAUUUAAACUUUUUUUAAUAUCUUGUUCUGUCAUUUUAAAUUGAUAAUAAUAUCAAUCUUUGAAAUAUGAAAUGUAUGGACUUGCCACAAUUUUAUUUGUAAUAAUAAUAAUAAUAGCUAUUUUUAGAUAGCGCUUUUCCCAUUAUGGCCCAAAGCUCUUUACAGCAUAAUAUUACCCCGGUCAUCGGAUCCUUGCAUGCCCGCAUACAAUGUAUACACCUUCUCCACUCCCUGGGGAGAAUUCCAACAAGAGUUCCAAGACUCAAUUGCUAAUAAUUGUAUAAUAUAUAUAUUAUAUCAAUACUACUUUGAUUAUGCCACUUAUGUUGAGUAUAAUAUUUAUUUCAUGCAGAGCGUCAGUAAUAUAUAAAUAUCUAAAUAUCUAAAAAUAAUGGUCAAUUAUGUUUAUACGAAAUAAUGUCUAUUUGUAAAGGCCUACCCUUAAUUUGACAGUAAAACAUAUAUUUAAUAAAAGAAAGAAUGAAUGAA